UCUGCAGAUGAGCCAGCCAAUGAAUACUAGGUGACUGCUGAGGUUAGUGGGUGUUGCCUGAUGGAAACCUUAGCAGCCUCUUCUUUGGACCAAACCCACCAAGGGGAUGAUUUGGAGGUGGAGCCAAUGGGAGAGGAGCCAGUAGUGGACACAGUGAGUGAGAAUGCUGUUGAAGAGCAUUGCCAACCAGCCAGGAGCCUCGACCAUCCGGUGGUCAACCUUACCCAGAUUGUGGAUGUGCAGCCAAGCAUAGAUGAUGGGGUCACUGUGGUACCCCCAGAACCACCAGACUUGUCACCAGGUCCAGCACAUAAGGUCAAUGGUGCAGUCAACAGACGUUUAUCUUACCCAGGCUCAGCAGGUAAACAUGCACUGCGGCAACAGGCUCGACGUCGAAGACGAAAUACCUCAAUUGCUGCCGGCAAUUCCCCCCCAAUUACUCGUGUUACUAUGAAGAGUGUUGCUGCGACCUCGCCCAAUCCAGCAUCACAGUCUCUUCAUCCGGUAGUUAGCCCCCCUGCCUCAGUGUCUCCCCCACUGUCCAAACCACUUGAAAAAACAAAUGUUUUCACUGCAGUCACCACCCCAUCCCCUCCCACGUCAAGAACAGGGAGUAAAGCCACGCACUCACCCAGCCAGGCAACGGCUGGGUCCAGAUCUUCAGCCAAAGGGAGCACAACAAGCAGUCAUCCUGUGGCUGGGACGAGGGUCAGCUCUCGGAUAGCCAACAAUGCAGCGGCAAACAGUGGCCUCCACAGUGCCAGCUCCUCUAUGCAACCAAGCAUGCCUCAAACUGGUGCUAAUGCUAAUGCUUUAUCCUCAGGCACACAGG